AUGGGAGUGGCCAACAAAACAUCACCUAUCGAGAUGGACCACAUGCUGACCAUGGGGUGCUGUUCACAAAAACCAAGUACCCCGGGUGACAGCAGGGACACUGGGGCCAUGGUACAAAGGCCUGUUGCAGCCCCAGCUAACAUAUUAGAGCAAUUGGAGCAAAGAGACCUACUCAAAUCUCAAGCUGGACAACACAAAUCCUCAAAAUCUUUCAAAG